CCGUUUCGCCGAUUUGAUUGGAAUGUAUUGGACUGAAAGUAGUCACGACGCCGGUGACUGUCCGUAAAUCUCUUGAGUAAAGCAGGCAACCCUCGGAAAUGUCUUCCGUCGACGCGCGUAUGCCGGACACCGGACUGCCUAGUCUUUAUGCUGGCGAGGAGCGCCGUCCUCGGAGUCAUCAUCAUGCGUAAUACGCCGUCCGUGAGUCACGAAACAAUCGCCUUAACAUUGCGUCCAGACGAUGAGAAUAUUAUGGCUUGACCGGUAACGCCAGCAGUUUUGCAGCAGACCAACAUCGGUUUUCAAAGGAACCUACUACAUCGCCCGUUGCUGACGGUCGCCUUUAAUUGACUACCUUUUGAUUUUGGACCCCCGAAAAAAAAUUCGUGUAUCUCGUCCGUGGCGCGAUUGAACGCAAAGGCGUGGAAGACGUUGGCUAAAUUGCAACAAAUCAUUGGGUCACGCCAAGAAUGUCAGUUUCUUUUUUAGUGUUGCCGUGAUACACUGGUGGAAAAGUGUGCGUGGUUUGAUAAAACCUCAUUAGUGGUGGUAUUAGUUUGAAUGUUAAAAAAGGAGAAAAAAAACAUUUCAAGAUCACCAUCGGUGUUCGCUUAGCAACGCAUAGUUUACGGCAUUUUACUUUAUUCGUCGUCAUAUCCACACGGUUCUGCCUCAAACACGAUAGAAUAUUUAUGAUACCAUCGCGAACUCGUUAGAAGUCGGUCGUUUGCAAGCUGAGGCAAAUCGAUUAUACUGGGUCUGUGCCGUUCACCGUGCCAUAAAUAACCGAUAUCCAACUAACCGACCCAUACCGUGCGAGCCGCACGGUAGAACGCGUAAGGACAACUUUUCGGACGUUGGUUUGAGUUUUCUUUCUCGUUGCGCGUUUACGCGGCGGCACCGCAUGAAUGUCCUCACAGAUGGGACACUUUCUUGGACCGGACGACUCCUCCGAAAUCGAGCCGUUCGAUCCGGAGGCCCUACAUUACAGAGGCUCGACGACGUCGGGCACCCCGUCAGCGGCUGCGGGUCGCAAGGUGAAACAGAAUCCGGUCAUCGUUAGCGGGUCCGGUGCUGGAACUAGCAAUGGCAGGAACGGUUCCCGAUCGAAUCAGAAAACUUCACCCAACACACCAAAGCAGAAAACGCGGGAUUCCGAUUGUUGUAGCAUUAACUUCAUUAAGUAUUCCUUGCACAUAUUCAACACAAUGUUCCUGAUUUCAGGAAUGGUUAUCGUUGGCGUUACACUUUGGACAGUUUUCUGGAAACAUCAGUACAUUUCCCUCCUAUCAACAACCAACUACGUAAUCGGAACGUAUGCCCUACUGGCGGCCGGCCUACUUGCAGUAAUCGGCGGAGUGCUCGGUUGUUGUGCCGUUUGUCACGAGCACCGAGGUAUUUUGUUAAUGUAUACGUUUAUUCUACUGCUUGUGUUCCUAUUAGAGGCCAUUGUAGGAGGACUAGCUUAUCUAUACGAGACACAAAUCGAAAUCGAGCUUCAACAUAGCCUCAAUUCUACUUUCGGGGAAUACUACGGUGUGAGCGAGAGCCAAACGCAGGCUAUUGAUAGCAUGCAGCAAGAGUUUUCCUGUUGUGGUGCCGUUCGUUUUGAGGAUUGGAGGAACAGCGUUUGGCUACGGUCUCGCCGAAAGGACCUGAUAAGACCAACCGAAGGUCGUUUGGUACCAGAUUCGUGUUGCAUUACGGUUUCACCACUGUGUGGGCUGCGCGAUGGUCCCAGCAAUAUACACUACACGGGAUGCAUCUACCAAAUGACAGAUGAUGUAAAGCAGCAUCUGAUUCUGCUCGGUGCCAUCGGUCUCGGGCUGAGCGUGAUACAAAUAUUCGGCAUGAUUCUAUCCUGCUGUCUUUACGUGAAGCUCAAAAAUGUACUCGACUGACAAAAGCCAGCGGAUCCAGUAGUCGAGCUAAUGGAUCCGCUCCCGGACAACAUAAGCCUUAUCUUCAGGUACGAGGAAACAGCGCACUUGGAGUAAGACUCGCGUUGGCUUAGGUGAUUUGCUACCACACAUCGGUAGGAUUAGUACGAUGUACAUUAUGUAUUUUUAUGGACACGAAAAAUCUAUUGUACAAAAUGAAAAGAUGAAUGCAAUCAAAGAACGCACUUUAAAAAUUGCGCCAUGCGUUUAGAUUUUAAAAUGUGUAAAAGAAUAAUCAGAAGAAGUUAAUAUAAAAACUACACAUUACAAUGUGAGUAUAAUAUUUUGUUAAUAAAAAGUUCAAAUUUAUA